AUGGCGGCGAUCGAGGAGUUGUCAGAGCUUGCUGAUUCCAUGCGUCAAGCGUCGGCGGUACUCGCCGACGAAGAUAUCGAUGAAACAACCAGUUCUCGAAGAAGUUCAACUUUCCUCAACGUCGUUGCUCUCGGCAACGUCGGUGCUGGUAAAUCAGCGGUUCUGAACAGUUUAAUCGGACAUCCAGUUUUGCCUACUGGUGAAAAUGGAGCUACCAGAGCUCCAAUCUGCAUUGAUCUGCAACGAGAUACUUCUUUGAGCAGCAAAUCUAUUAUAUUGCAGAUUGACAACAAAUCUCAGCAAGUUUCAGCAAGUGCUUUAAGACAUUCUUUGCAGGAUAGGUUGAGUAAAGCUUCCUCAGCCAAGGCGCGAGAUCAAAUAACUUUGAAGCUUCGCACGAGUACAGCACCACCUCUCAAGUUGGUUGAUUUACCUGGGCUGGAUCAGCGCAUCAUGGAUGAAUCAACAGUUAGCGAUUAUGCGGAGCGUAAUGAUGCUAUUUUGGUAGUUAUUAUACCUGCAGCUCAAGCACCUGAAAUUGCUUCCUCUCGUGCCCUAAGACUGGCAAAGGAAUACGAUGGAGAAGGUACCAGGACUGUUGGUGUUAUUAGUAAAAUAGAUCAAGCUUCAACAGACCAAAAAGCAAUAGCUGCAGUUCAAGCACUUCUACUCAAUAAGGGUCCUGCAAGAGCAUCAGACAUCCCUUGGGUUGCAUUAAUCGGGCAAUCCGUUUCAAUAGCUACGGCACAGUCUGGGUCUGCUGGUUCUGAAAAUUCUUUAGAAACUGCAUGGAGAGCAGAGAGUGAAAGCCUCAAGUCCAUAUUGACAGGAGCCCCUCAAAGUAAGCUUGGAAGGAUAGCUCUGGUGGAUGCUUUGGCACAGCAGAUUCAGAAUCGCAUGAAGCUGCGGGUGCCUAACCUUCUUUCUGGGUUGCAUGGGAAGUCUCAAGUAAUUCAGGAUGAAUUGGCGAGGCUUGGGGAGUCAAUGGUCACCACUGCAGAGGGUACUCGUGCUAUAGCGUUGGAACUUUGUCGUGAGUUUGAAGAUAGGUUCCUACAGCAUCUUACCACUGGCGAGGGAACUGGUUGGAAAAUUGUUGCCAGCUUUGAGGGGAGAUUCCCUGAUAGAAUGAAGCAAUUGCCGUUAGAUAGGCAUUUUGAUAUCAACAAUGUAAAAAGGAUUGUGUUAGAAGCUGAUGGGUAUCAACCCUAUCUCAUUUCCCCUGAAAAGGGAUUACGAUCAUUAAUCAAAGGUGUUCUAGAGCUUGCGAAAGAGCCAUCGCGUCUUUGUGUUGACGAGGUACAUCGUGUCCUGAUAGAUAUUGUAUCAUCUGCUGCCAAUGCUACACCUGGUUUAGGAAGAUACCCACCUUUCAAGAGAGAGGUUGUGGCUCUGGCAACUACUGCACUAGAAGGGUUUAAGAAUGAAUCAAAGAAAAUGGUGGUUGCACUAGUUGAUAUGGAGCGUGCUUUUGUGCCACCCCAACACUUCAUUCGCUUGGUACAAAGGAGGAUGGAAAGGCAACGCCGAGAAGAGGAGUUGAAAGGUCGAUCUUCGAAAAAAGGGCAUGAUGCAGAGCAAUCUAUACUCAAUCGGGCCUCAAGUCCCCAAACUGGUGGAAGCAUGAAAUCACUUAAGGAGGAUAAGGAUAAGGAAAAGGAAAAAUCCGGUCAGGCAGAGAAAGAAGGUCAAGAAGGCUCUGGUUUAAAGACUGCUGGUUCUGAAGGAGAAAUUACAGCAGGAUUUUUGUUGAAGAAAAGUGCAAAAACUAAUGGUUGGAGCAGGCGAUGGUUUGUGCUAAAUGGAAAGUCAGGAAAGCUUGGGUACACAAAGAAACAAGAGGAAAGAAAUUUUCGUGGUGUUAUUACAUUAGAGGAAUGCAACAUUGAAGAGGUUCCAGAUGAAGGUGAGCCUGCACCAAAAAGCUCAAAGGACAAGAAGUCUAAUGGACCAGAUUCUAGCAAAGUCAACCUUGUAUUUAAAAUUACUAGUAGAGUCCCGUAUAAAACAGUUUUGAAAGCUCACAGUGCUGUUGUUUUAAAGGCUGAGAGUGCAACUGAAAAGACUGAAUGGAUAAAAAAGAUAAGUAAUGUAAUACAAGCAAAGGGAGGGCAAAUAAAGAUUUUGUCUGAGGGCGGCUCUUCCAUGAGGCAUAGCCUCUCUGAUGGUUCCUUGGAUACAAUGGCUCGAAGACCUGCUGAUCCCGAGGAAGAACUCCGAUGGAUGUCCCAAGAAGUCCGCGGCUAUGUUGAAGCAGUAUUAAACAGUUUAGCUGCUAAUGUACCAAAAGCAGUUGUUCUUUGCCAAGUUGAAAAGGCUAAGGAAGACAUGCUGAAUCAAUUAUAUAGCUCUAUCAGUGGUCAUAGCACAGCUAAGAUUGAGGAGCUGCUUUUAGAAGAUCAAAAUGUGAAGCGCAGGAGAGAGCGUUACCAGAAACAGUCCUCGCUUCUCUCCAAACUGACACGCCAACUGAGUAUACAUGACAACCGUGCAGCAGCAGCCUCAAAUUGGUCAAAUGGGAAUGCAGAGAGUAGCCCAAGAAGCAGUGAACCAGGUGAUGAUUGGAGAUCUGCCUUUGAUGCAGCUAGCAAUAGUCCUGUUGGCCGUAGUGGUUCAAUGAGAUCUGGAUCAAAUGGUCACAGUCGACAUAAUAGUGAUCCUGCACAAAAUGGUGAUAUGAACUCUGGCCCAAACUCUGGUAGUCGUCGCACUCCUAAUCGAUUACCGCCUGCUCCUCCAGGUUCUUCUGGUUACAAGUAUUAA